ACGAGGAUGAUCCAAGCCAUCUUCUAUAGCGAGUUUGACAACAUUGCGGGGCCGCAGAUCGUGUACCAGGCGCCGCCCAACGCGCUGAGCAACGAAGUCUUUGACAGCGUCUCGGGCUACAUCAUCAUCGACAAGGCGCUCUGCGGCAAGAUCAUCACGGUGUGUCCGCAGGACAUCAAGAUCGUGGGCUAUCCCGUGUGCAUCGAAGACGACAAGUACCACCGCAACGCUCUCCUCUUCAACAUCGGAUUUGUCUUUCAGCGCUCGAUGGACUCGACGCCGUACAAGCCCAUCUUGCGCAAGCUCGGGUCGCUCAUGGAGAGCAUGGAAAAAGAGAACGGCUUUCUCUCACGGGAAGCGAGCAAGGCGACGCUCGCCACGAUCUUGCCGGCGAUCCUGCAUGAUCUCACGCAUUUUGGCGAGUGCACAAUCCCCAUCGACACGGCCAACAUCAUCAACCUCAAGCUCUUCCCCAAGCUCUCGACGCCACCCAACGUCUACGACCACGAAGUGCCCGUCGCGAUCCGCGACCUCAAGACGCUGCUUCAAAACAGCGCCGAGUGGGACUUGGCGCUGCAGAAGAUCGUGCCGUACAUUGACGGCGUCAACUACGUCAAGCGCAUCGCUGUCAUCGCCGAGGUCGACCUCUCGAUCGUCAAGAAUUGCAUGCGCCAGCUCAUGUACUAUGGUUGCAUCACCAUGAUCGACAUCUUCCUCCACUCCAACAUCUACGCGACAACCGACAAGAUUUCGAGUCUCGUCAACGACGCCAACUUGCAGCGCGCGUGCGUCGCGUAUGUUGCCAAGGACGAAGACACGCCGCCGCUCUUCCCGACCGUCUUCUCCAUCUACUGCGCGCUCCAGCCGAGCGUACCCGUGAGCCAGCUCUGGAACACGUACGCCCUUGGGUCUCCUAGAGCGAGGGGAUGCGACGCAGCUGAGACUGCCAAGUCACUGGUCCACAUCGACGUCCGGCGGCUCGUGACGUUUGGGCUCAUCCAUGGCUUCCUCCGGCGCAUUCACCGGUACCCGAUCUCGAUUGACCGCAGCCAGCGCCAGAACAUGGCGCUCUCGUCGUCGCCGUCGUCGAUUACGGUCGCGGGCAGUGCACUCAACCAGCAGCAGCGCCUCAAGACGACGCCGCCGCAAACCGGGCUUCAAAACAAGGACAAGGUCAAGCGGAUGAUGAACGGCGAGCACCAUACGGACGAGAUCUGCUGCGCCAACAUGCUGCGCUACUCGGACCUCGAGACGAUCCUCGCUGCCGAGCCCCACUGCGUUGUCAACAAGUGA